GCAUCACCGAAGAAAGGCUGAAGGAGGAGCUGCGAAAGGUCAUAUCUGCCACAGCUGCUGAACCUUCUGUCCACCUCGACAAGAUUGGCGAUUAUUAUGGAGACCACGUCUUCAUGAUUCUGAGGGACAUUGCUCGUCAAGGGCAUUGCGACGGAGAUCUGUCUGGGGCGGUGCAGAGUGGUCAGUUUGCCAACCUGAUGUCCCUGGGCCAGACUGUUCACAUCCGGGAUCUCGUCGCAUACUUCGACACCCAGCGACGGCGCUCCUGGAUGGAGUGGUGGUUCCUGCCAAGACCACACAGGCUCCAGAUAAAAAAGAUGCGGGCCGAUGACAAGGCAACUGGUGAAGAAGCCCAGCCCAGUGCCGCGACCAGUGGCGUGAAACUGGUU